AAUGACACUUUGCUUUUGAUCAGUCUCAUUCCAUAAGUUUUUCAAAGCAAAGAAAAUACAAGAAUAUGUGCAAAAGGACAUUACAGCACCCCCAAGUAGAAACCCCUCCACCACAACCUUUCUUGAUAUCACUAAAGAACACUCUCAAUGAGAUCCUUUUCGCCGACGAUCCGUUUCGAAAAAUCAGGAACGAAUCGAAAACGUCUAAAAAGAUCGAGUUAGGGUUGAGACACGUGUUUCCGAUCUUGGAAUGGGCUCGUGGUUACAAUUUGGAGUAUUUGAAAUCAGACGUUAUCUCAGGGAUCACCAUAGCAAGUCUUGCUAUUCCUCAAGGGAUUAGCUAUGCUCAACUCGCUAAUCUCCCUCCAAUCCUUGGUCUUUACUCGAGCUUCGUGCCGCCGAUGGUAUACGCGGUAAUGGGAAGUUCAAGAGAUUUAGCGGUGGGUACGGUUGCGGUGGCGUCGCUGUUAACGGCGGCAAUGCUGGGGAAAGAGGUAAACGCGGUGGAGAAUCCAAAGCUUUACCUUCAUUUAGCUUUCACUGCCACUUUCUUCGCCGGACUCAUGCAAACCUGCCUUGGCCUCUUAAGAUUAGGAUUCUUGGUGGAGAUAUUGUCGCACGCGGCAAUCAUAGGGUUCAUGGCAGGAGCAGCGACGGUGGUUUGUCUACAACAACUGAAAGGAUUACUUGGUCUCAGUCACUUCACCCAUUCCACUGAUGUCAUCUCCGUUCUUGGGUCCAUCUUUUCUCAGUCUCAUAUGUGGAGAUGGGAGAGUGGGUUACUAGGGUGUUGCUUCCUCUUUUUUCUUCUAACAACCAAAUACAUUAGCAAUAAGAGACCAAAGCUAUUCUGGAUAUCUGCAAUGGCUCCACUUGUUUCUGUCAUUUUUGGAAGCCUCUUCGUUUACUUCCUCCAUGCCCAGUUCCAUGGCGUCCAAAUUAUUGGAGAAUUAAAGAAAGGGAUUAAUCCACCGUCCAUCACACAUUUGGUAUUCACGUCACCUUAUGUCACGUUGGCUCUUAAAACCGGCAUUAUCACUGGAGUCAUAGCCCUUGCUGAAGGAAUUGCAGUUGGGAGAAGCUUUGCAAUGUAUAAGAAUUACAACAUAGAUGGGAACAAAGAGAUGAUUGCAUUUGGGAUGAUGAAUAUUCUUGGUUCCUUCUCCUCUUGCUAUCUCACUACAGGACCGUUUUCCCGUUCUGCGGUGAACUACAACGCCGGUUGCAAAACGGCGGUAUCAAACGUGGUGAUGGCGGUUGCAGUGGCGGUAACGUUACUGUUCUUAACGCCGUUAUUUUAUUACACGCCGUUAGUAGUUCUGUCGUCGAUCAUCAUAGCCGCCAUGCUUGGAGUUAUCGACUAUGAAGCAGUCAUGCAUCUUUGGAGACUCGACAAGUUCGAUUUCUUUGUUUGUCUCUCUGCUUUCUUUGGCGUCGUUUUUGGUACCAUUGAGAUUGGUCUCAUCCUCUCUGUGGGAAUGUCAGUGAUGAGGUUAUUGUUGUUCGUGGGAAGACCAAAGAUUCAUGUAAUGGGAAACAUUCAGAACACAGAGAUCUAUAGGAACAUUGAACAGUACCCUCAAGCCACUACUCUCUCUGGCCUCAUCAUUCUCCAUAUCGAUGGUCCUAUUUACUUUGCCAACUCUAGCUACUUGCGAGACAGAAUUGGAAGGUGGAUCGAUGAGGAGGACGAGAGACUGAGAAAGAGGGAUGAAAACAGUCUACAAUACAUUAUACUCGAUAUGAGUGCUGUGGGGAACAUCGACACGAGUGGUAUAAGCAUGCUUGAGGAAGUCAACAAAAUACUGAGACGAAGAGACCUCAAGCUAGUGAUAGCGAACCCAGGAGCAGAGUUGAUGAGGAAGCUAAGCAAGUCCAAGUUCAUAGAUACCAUCGGCAAAGACUGGAUUCAUCUCACGGUAGCAGAAGCCGUCUCAGCCUGCGAUCUCAUGCUCCACACAGCUAAACCGGACUCACCGGAGAAAAUCUCCGGUGGUGUACCGGAAUUUAACAACGUUUAAAAGGUUUCAAAUUGAAUCUCUCCCAUUAAUAUUUUCACCAAGAAUAAAGUCGAAAAGCUAAGGAGUCUGUUAUUCAAAUUUCACUACUACAACUACUAUUGCGUUUGCGUUCAAAAACAUAACGCUGUUAAAUUAAACUUUUUUUUCACA